AUGGCCUCCCAGGAGCUCCAGCUGGAAAUCAGCACAUACGUUGGGAAUGCUCUCUUAUCAUUCCUGUAUGGCGUGCAUCUAUGUAUACAGAAGCCCAGUCGCGGCUGGGUGCUAUUCUACAUUGCAUAUGGUGGAAUUCUUUUAUUGAUGAUAACUAUCUACGUUGCGACUAUCCAAGUCUUUGGUUUACUCUUGUGGAUUAUCGAUAGGGGCACACCAGGAGGACCACCGAUUUGGCUACAUAAUAACAAGAGCAGUUGGCUUGGUGUGCUUGCCUCAGCAACAACGACAGUAUCCAACAUGAUGGGCGAUGGUCUCAUGCUUCGUCGCUGCUUCAUUAUACUGCAAGGAGAACGUUACUAUCUUGUUCUACCUGCCUUACUAUACGCGGGAACUUUCGAACACACUAGAGACACCCUCAAUAUAGUGUCAUCGAUCGCUACUGUCAUAGAAGAUGCUGGGCCUUCAAGUAAUGACUGGGCCACUACUCUUAUGCCGUGGGACAUCGCCUGGAUAGUUUGCACAGCAUCCUUCAACGGCAUUGUGACGGCCUUGAUUUGCUAUCACAUCAUCAAGACUAAUCGGGCAGCCAACGCUAGCGCAUCUGUCGCGCUCCUUCAACGGCACACAGGCGUUGUAUCCAUGAUGGUCGAGGGCACCAUACCGUUCACUGUUCUCGGGAUCGCUUUUGUUAUAUCCGAAGCAUGCGAGAGCGUUUCUCAAAUUUGCAUCUCGCGCGUAUGGACCUGUUUCUGUGUCCUGUCGCAACAGUUCAUCAUUAUGCGCAUCGCCAUGGGUUUGGCCUGGUCUAAAACCACUGAGGCGGAACUGUCCGUGAAUGUCGCAACGAAACUUGGAGACCUCAAUAAGCUGGAACUUCGGAUGCUAGAAUAAGACAUUUAACACCUUAGAGAAU